CUCGUUGGUCAUAACUUAGAAUAAAUACAGAGUGUUUGUUGAUGAUAAAUCAUCAACAAAACAGCUUAUUGCUCAAUCGGUAAAUCCAAUUGCUGAAGAGAUGGCGCAAGAAGGAUACGUUCGAGGAGAUGAUUCGGAAGAUGCUCUUAAGUUUGUUGGGGGAGGUAAUUCUGGAGAUGCUCGUACGUUUGUCGGAGGAGGUGAUCUGGAAGAUGCUCGUAAGUUUGUUCGAGAAGGUGAUUCGGGAGAUGCUUAUAUGAUGAUGGUUUCAUACAUAAUUAAUUGCAGCAUCACUGAGAGGCGGAACCCUGUCACCACAGCUGCCUCCACAAUCAGGUAAGUCUGCUUGUAUACUUACUGCACGGAAAAAAAAUUUUGACUGCGG